AUGACAACUGCAAGAGGGACCAUGGGCUACAUUGCACCAGAAGUAUUUUCUAGGAACUUUGGGAAUGUCUCUUAUAAAUCAGAUGUCUAUAGUUAUGGAAUGCUGCUGCUUGAAAUGAUUGGAGGGAGGAAGAACAUUGACACAGGAGUAGAGAAGACCAGCCAAGUAUACUUCCCUGAAUGGAUUUACAAUAGACUCAAUCAAGGGGAGGAAUUGGAAAUCCAGGAGGCUGAGGAUGGAGAUGCUAGGAUAGCAAAGAAAUUAACUAUUGUAGCACUUUGGUGCAUUCAAUGGUACCCAGUGGAUCGUCCCUCAAUGAGGACUGUGGUUCAAAUGUUGGAGGGAGACUUAGAAAGCUUAUCCAUGCCACCCAAUCCAUUGGCUUCCACAACUUCAUUCAAUGCUAGCUUUGUCUAA